CGGAGCACAUGGCAAUUCUGGCUAUGGACUUUUUCCCACCUCAAGCAAACCGUCGCUCACUGCACCGCUGGUCCGCUGCACCCCUCCACCGUCGCAGGCGCAGGCAAGUACGAAGUACUCCGUACCUAUCUCAAGGAAGGCAGGUACUUCAUCAUCGCACCCGACCCUGCCUUCCUUGCAUUGGGUUGGGUCACUUGGCCAUUCACAUUGGGCGCCGGGCCUGUGUUUACUGAGACUGAGGCACUUCGUAGUUCCUCU